UUCAGCAAAGUAGUUUUCAAUGAGUACUUAUAUUAUCUGAUGUUCUAUUUAAUAACAUUGAUUACUUUAUACAAUGACUACUGUUGAUUAACCUUGAAACAUUUAAGUAUCGUUCAUCCCUCUGACCGAAAGUCCCGAUAAAAGGCGAGCAGCAGUUUGUCUGACCGCAGCUUUCUGGGGUCUCUCGAGAAGUCAGUAUGCAUUCUGUCUGUGUUGCUUUGCUUUUCUUCGUCUUAGCGUGCAGCGCCCAAGACAUUGAAGACACCGUGACCUGCUGUGCUCCUCGUCUUCUUCAAGGAGAUGCCUACUCGUCUGGUAUCACUUUUACCAGGGGAAGAAAAUAUUAUUUCAGUGCCAAUACAAGGUACUACUAUUCUGAGGCAAAAAAGAAGAUAGCCACCACCUCAGUCGUGAUGGUGCAGGGUCUGGGAAACGUGACGGUGAAGACCUUGAAUGACUUCAACACUGGUAGAGGAUACACCGUAACCAAUGGCCGAUGUAGAGUCACCAGACUGCCGAAAACCUUUCCGAGAAACUGCGUUCCUUCUAGCGCGGUCUAUCUCGGUACUCUCAAAGUCGGAUCGCCAAGAAAUUACCUUACGACUAGCAGUUACAUGUGGACAGUAAAACCGUCCUUUUCGACUUCCGUCAAUGUGGAAUCCAUGAAGUAUCGGUACGGAUUGAGCUGUUAUGACGUAGCAUUGUCCACAGUCUCUAAGACCUCGACUGGAGCUUUAUUGUCAACCACCGAUAUGAUCAUGGGAAAUUUCAAAACCUCCAUCCUGUUCCCAUCCGUGUUCAACGUGCCCUACCAAUGUAACACGUCACCAGAGGAUGAAAACCUCGACGAGGGCAUGUCAUAUGAUUUCAUCAAUUUUAUCAUUUGAAAGGAAAUGAUAAAGACAGUUUAAAUGCAUGCCUUUGAAAUUGUUUUGAUGAUUGAUUAUAAGAACACCUUAAUUAGUCACUGCUUUCAAUGUGUAAUUCGUUCAGCUGAAGAAUAGAAAUUAAAUAAAUUUAAUGUUUAAUUGGCAAAUUGAUUUUGAAAUAAAAAUAUGUUAGAUUUUAA